GGGGUGAUGGGCGGGGUGGGGUGUGGGGCUGUGAAAUCCGGAUGGGGAAUGGAGAAGUUUCCAAUGGUCUAGUUGAACACUAUAAAACUCAAUGAAUAAAUAAGCGGCGACAAAAGCGGAUAGAGUUGGGUGUUGGAAUUGGGUGGACAAACUUGGAUAUGGUGUCGUCAAGUCUUCUUCCCUUCAAUGGUGCCCUCUUUCAAUCCAUACCACACCCUCCAACCGUCUUCUUCCAGAGGGGAUUGAGAAGAGGCCAAGAUGCAAGCCUUGUUAUACCUAGAACUGCCCAUAGCACGAGGGGUCAAGCAUUUCAAAUCUUGGCCAAUCCUAAUGUAUCUGCUGGAAAAGGAAAUUCUGAUAAGGAAGUAGUAAUGGUAGAUCCUUUGGAGGCGAAGCGUUUAGCUGCCAAACAGAUGCAAGAAUUUAAAGCAAAAGAGAAACUCAAGAGAAGACGUAGAAUUGAGGCGAUUAAUGGCGCAUGGGCAAUGCUUGGUCUAACAGCUGGAUUAGUCAUUGAAGGUCACACUGGAAAUGGCAUUCUUGCUCAGCUGGCUGGAUACUGGGGCGCCAUUGUCAGGUUUUUUGUGCGAUAGGCAUUAUGGAUGAAAGGCUUGAGUUGCUGGAUCACUCUUUCAAAUUGACUUUGUGAUUUGUAAGAUACUUCAUAUUCAUUGUUGCUUCUCUCAUUCACCUAAUGUUGCUUGUACCAUUUUUACUAUCUCACCCCUUCCUAUUAGCCCGUUAACGUUUUAUGACAUUCUUUUUGAUAAGGAAUUCAGUGGUUCUUACUUAUUA